AGUGAUACCCGGAACACAGCGGACGACGAAAUAGUUCCUACUCGGACCUGCAAUUCGGUGCGCAUUUAAACAUGGCGGCCAACAUAGAGCAAAUUUUCCAAGAUUUUAUAUUGAAUAAAAUCAGAGAAAUUGAAGACCAGAAUGAAGACAAAGCUGCUGCUGAAGGAGUAGGUGCUGAAAUGGUUGGAGCUGAGAAAGCCACUUCAGAGAGAGACAAACAGGAAGACUUAAGGGGCAGUGGUUCACAAAAGAGACAUAAGAAGCACAAAAAACGCAAAAGUAAGAAGAAGAGGAGGAACCGAGAGAAGGAGAAAGAGAGCAGUUCAGAGUCUGGAGCAGAAGGAGGAACCAAACAUCAGCCAAGAAGAGGAACACCACCAGAGACGUAUAAGGAGCAAGGUGAAGAUAACGAGAGUAAGUCCAGAUGCCACAAGCGGCACCCAACUGGAAAGAGAAAGAAGAAGAAGAGAAGAAGGAAAGGUGAAGAGAACUCGUCUGAUUCCGACUCAAAGUUCGUGUCAAAGCAGAGGGAUAGUAAAUGUGGUCAAAGCUUAUCGCCAAGGCGACGAGAGGAGUUGCCUGAUAUCAUCCCAAAACAGGACAGCUCCAAUAAAGGAAGAGGAGAUGAGGAAAGACAUGGCAGUUGUCGUUCCCGUUCACGGUCACAUUCCUAUUCUCAUUCACAUUCCUGCGCAGUGAGGAGGAGCUCUCGGUCUAGACACCACCAUCGAAGAUCUAGGACUCCUUCCCUGUCCAGUUCACAGUGCCACAGGACCCGGUCCAGCUCCUGUGAGAAGAGGGGAGCUUUGGAUGAAUCCAUACAGUCCACCCAAGGUCCUUCAAAAGGCCUCCAGCUGCCUCAGCUGGCCUCCAGCCCUACCCGAAGAAACAUCAAAGUAGAGGAACUGACAGAGUCAAGCACAGAGCUGCAGAGCCCUAACCAAAGCGAAAAGCCAGCAGAGGAAAAAGAAGAGAAAGCAGAGAACACAGCACAAAAACUAGCUCCAGGUUCUGGCGCAUCCCAGUCCAUAUCUACUGAACCUGACCAGACCACUGAGCCCAGCUUCCUUCAGCUUAAAGCAUCAGAAUACCCCAGGUUCUUUGCCACCAAUGUUAAAUCACCAGCAAAGAAGAAGAGGAAACCAUCCAAGUCCCCACAGAGGAAAAAAGAAACAAAGUCAUCAAAGAGGCAGAAAAGAUCCAUGUCACCAUGUAGGAGCCACAGGAGGGGGUCCAGAUCCACGAGCCCUUCAAAGAAGAGAUCACGUUCUAGGUCAGGGUGCCGGAGGUCGCGGAGGUCACGCUCACGGUCGGUGUCAUGGGGUCGGAGGAGGACUACAUACAGCCAGAGGGACCGCUGGAAACGAGAGCCGAGUCACUCCCCUGUACUCAUCCUCCGCAAAAAUAGAACCCCCACCCGGAAACACUGCAGUUCGAGCAACAGCCCUCAACGCAUUAGUGAACUAGAUAAGGACCAGUUGUUGGAAAUUGCCAAGGCCAAUGCUGCUGCCAUGUGUGCCAAAGCUGGUAUGCCCAUCCCUGCCAGCCUGAGGUCCACAGUUCUUCCCCUAGCUCUGCCAAGUAUGGCCAUGAAUGCUGCUAUGGCCAGUAUGACUGCUGCUACCAUGACAGCUGCCUUGACUAACAUGGGCACUCUGUCUUCACUGCUCCCACUACCCUCCAUUACCAACAAGCCACCACCUGUCCCUGUUCAACCCAACAUUGCUGCUUUGGAGGAAGUGAAGAGGAAAGUAGUGAAGCAGGCCAACAGCAUCAGCAUUAAGGAGUUUACUGAUAAAUGCAAGAUGAUUGUGGACAGUAAAGGAGAGCUGCCGGUGGCAAUGCCUCAUGUUUCAGACGAAGAGGAUGAUGGGAAACCCUUUGGAGGAUCAGCUCUUCGAGAGCAAAAAGCCAUCAGCUUCAGCAUCAACAACACAACAGUUCGUCCAGCAGUGCGUAGUGACGCAGGCAUGGCCAAGGAGUUUCCUGUGUCUUCAGGAUCCCAACAUCGUAAGAAGGAGGGCGAGGCACUUGGUGCCUACGGAGAAUGGGUUCCGGUUGACAAAACAGCAGACAAAGCUGCAGCUACCUCCAGAAAGGCCCUGACCACUGUUCCCAUAGCCUCAGCCACCUCAUCAUCAGGUGAAACCGCGACAGCAGCAGGAUUACCAGAGGUUGUCGAACAGCCAGCAUUUGUGCCAGAUAAUGACAGUGUUUUUCCUGACCCACCAUUGCAGCAAGUAGAUAUCUCUCAGGCUGUAACUGAGCGAAUCAAAGCUCAGAGGCGAUUGGCUGAGAACCCCUAUGAUGUCAGUGCUAUCUGCAUGCUCAGCCGGGCGCAAGAGCAGGUGGAUGCGUGGGCUCAAUCCAACACUGUUCCUGGUCUUUUCACUGGUUCGACUGGAGCCCAGAUCCUCAGCUCAGAGGAGCUGUCCACCAGCGGACCACAAGCAUGGCUGAAGAAGGACCAGUUCCUCAGGGCAGCUCCAGUAUCCGGGGGUGUUGGGGAGUUCCUGAUGAGAAAGAUGGGCUGGAAGACGGGAGAGGGCCUAGGGAGGAACCGCGAGGGUACCGUGGAGCCAAUCAUUAUUGACUUCAAGGUCGACCGCAAAGGACUUGUUGCUGAAGGAGAGAAGCCACAGAAGCAGACAGGAGGACUGGUGGUAACCAAGGAUCUCAUGGGGAAGCAUCCAGUGUCUGCUCUCAUUGAGUUGUGUAACAAGAGACGGAUAAUGCAGCCAGACUUUGUCAUGGUUCAUCACAGUGGUCCCGACCACCGCAAGAAUUUCCUCUUCAAGGUCACAGUGAAUGGUGUGGAUUACCAACCCCAGACAGCUAGUCCCAAUAAGAAACAUGCCAAGGCCAUGGCAGCUACAGUUGCCCUGCAGGCUCUGGGAGAGGUUCCUGUUGAUGGACCAGGACUCUACACUGGCCCUGUCUUCACUGCUGCUUCUACUGGCCCCCUGUUCUCUACAUAGACAUACACACAAUUGUGGGAGUGACAGAUUCUACAUAGUUCAACUGUUUGACUAUAUUUUCACUUCAGUUGUGGGACACUGAAAGAAAGGAUUUUUUGAGUCCCAUUAAAUAACCGGUCCGUCAUUGCCACUCUAGUGGCUUAUUUGUAUGCUAAGAAAUGAAUAAAUAUGCUACAAACAUGACAGUGAGAACCAUGAAGGCCAGUCUGGCUUUGGAUGACAAAGCAUCUUUGUAAUAAAGCUACUUGUGACUGAUUUUUUACCCACAAGAUCACACUUUUUUUUUUUAAAGUCACUAUGUUCAUGACAGGAUUGCAAAUAUGUUUAAUAUAUGGUUGUUAGGAUUGGGAAAGAGUCUCCAUCAUGUUAAAAUUGGAUGAUAUGUAUGAUACAGUAGCAUUUCAGCCUGAUAUAUAUUAGCUGACCAAUACUUUAGUCUAAUCCUAGACCAGAAAAUGAGUUUCUCUGCAAUGGCUUUGUUGUUGGUCACAGCAAAGCAGAGCUAAGUUCAGCUGUUAAAUUAAAAGUUAAUCUGUAAAUGACUGUCUUGUUGGUUAGCAACUUUUCUGUUUGUCCUGAUAUUAACAUUUGUGGCCUGGCCUCCUCCUAACAAAAUGUUUCUCCUGUUAAACUUUAUGGAACUAACUAAAAAAUGUGUAAACAAAUAAAGAUUAUAUUUAUGUUAUGUAA